CUCGGGGCUCUCUCGCAGGUGUAAGAAAAAAAAGAAAAGAGAGGAAAGAAACGGCCGAGUUGUCGAGUCCAAGGUAGUUGUCAAGCCGCUUUCGAUUGGCAUUAGGAAAGUCCGUGGAUUUGCAAAAGCCAUCAUCUAAUCAAAGGAAAAGUUUCUCAAGGGAGAAGGAGGGAAAAAAAAAAAAUGAUUCACUGAAGAAAAGUGGUGUGUGUGUGAGAGGGAGAGAGAGAGGUGAAGAAAUAAAUAUCCCCCUCAUAAUGGAAUUGAAGGUGGAAGACGAGAAUGGUACCGAGAGGCAGAUGUUCUUGGUUGGUAGCCCUCGAGAUCCUUUGGUGUCGACGGGUGCAAUUGUUGCGACUGGUGCCGAAGAAAUCAGUCCUGGCGAUCUCCAGUCGAGCGCUCUCGCCGGUCUAAUGGGAGCGCAAUCUUCCUCCGUUUGCUUCCCAGCUAAAUUCACUUAUGAUUUUUCACAAAGUCCAAUAAGUGAAGAGCGUCAAACUUCGGGAACCGUUGGAAAAAGAAAGCAACGAAGAUAUCGAACGACUUUUACGAAUUUUCAACUCGAGGAACUGGAACGUGCCUUUCAUAAAACUCAUUAUCCCGAUGUAUUUUUCAGAGAAGAACUUGCACUUAGAAUUCAACUCACUGAAGCAAGAGUUCAGGUGUGGUUUCAAAAUAGACGGGCAAAAUGGCGAAAACAGGAGAAACAAUGCAAGGGAAAUCAUUUGGGACCACAUUUAGGUUCAAAUGAAUGCCAAGAAGUUCUACAACAACAACAACAACAACAGCAACAAGAUCAUUUAUUGUUAGAACCACCAUUGGGAAGUCCGCCACCAAUUUAUCUUGGAAUGGAAUGGGCAGGAUUUUCUCCAUAUACCAAUAAUUCCUCGUCUCCUUUAAUUGUAAAUGGAAUGAAUAAACCACCUGAUUCUGACGACAGUCCAUUGUUAGAUCCAGAAUUACUUCAAUUGAAACCGCCUCGAAAUUAAUGAAGUAAUUUUCCUUCUUCCCCCCCAUCACCUGCUUCCAUUUUUUCAGACGUGAUAUUAUGUAAUUCACUAGGAUAUUUAUAAUAUCGAUUUAAAAAAAAAAAAAAAAACUUGUAUAAUGAUAAUUAAUAAUAUCAAUUUUAUAGCUUUAAAUUAUUUAAAGUUAAAUUAAUAUUUAUUGAUGCUAUUAAUG